AUGAUUGAGGUUAACAUUGGCGGCAAAACCGUCAAUUUCAUGAUAGCUGAUACUGAAUUUCUACCAGCUUCAAUUAUUCGUAGUUCUAUUGAGCAUUGGUUUGGCCCUGUCAUGGAUGAAUAUCAUCGUCAACACAGUGGUAAUACAACAACAAAUGAUUGGACAUGUCAAACACAACAAACAGCCAGUCAUUGUUUUCAACAACAACAACAACAACAACAAACAAUCCAGCUGUCACAAAGAAUUUGGCCAGUACAUGAUUCUUAUCCAACUAUUCACAAUUCAUAUCCUAUGAAUUUUACUGCUCAUCAACUGAUGGCCACAUUACCGUUAACUGACUUCAAUCUGGAAUGUAACCAGGUGUCUCAUGCAAAACAGAGACGGUUCGAUUCAAAAGAGAGAAAUUCAAAUUCUGGGUUAGGUGAAUCAUCAGCUUGUCACUCUGGUGUCAACUGUAGACCAGUUGGUUGUCGUAAUUGGUCCAGUUCAGAACAUCUAAAACUGACAAGUCCAAGAUCUGUCAAACACUUUCAAAGCAAUGUGAACCAGGUUGAUGGAAACUCUGGUGGAAAUUUCUGUAACACUAGGAACGUUACAUAUUUUCCCCACAGUGAUAAUUCAAGCAUGCCAGUGAGCACAGAUACAAGUAAUUCCAACUUCUCAGUGAAAACUUCAUGUUUUGAAAAUGUAGACGACUUCACUUAUGAUCCAGACAAUGAAUCCUCUAGUUGCUCGAGUGUUUCGUGCAACAGCAGUAUCCUGAGAACACGAUCGUUAUCUUCAUCAAGAUCAAAUAAGUUGUUGUAUCGUUCAAGUCGAGUUAAGAUCAUGCACAUACGAAAGAGUGGACGAUUCAAAGGUCAAAUUCUGCAUACCUUUCAGCGACAGGCAGCUAACAUGCGUGAACGCAGACGGAUGCAGUCGAUCAACAAAGCAUUUGAAGGUUUGAGAUCGCAUAUCCCGACGUUGCCGUAUGAGAAACGCUUAUCGAAAGUGGACACACUCCGAUUAGCAAUCGGUUAUAUACAUUUUCUUCAGGAAAUUGUCCAAGCGCACACGAAAGAUGAAAUGAAAUGGAAAGGUGUGAUGGGAAAUUCAGAAGCCGAUUCUAAUGUCAACGAUUGUGGUGAUGAAGAAGAGGAUGCAGAUGCAGAGGGCAGUGGUGGUGGUGGUGGUGGUGAAGAGAACACACCUAGAGACAGAAGAAGUUAUCCAGGUUCUUCUACAGCAACUAAACAUUUGUCCUCAUGUGUUGGGAGUAUGAAACAGAAUCGACUGGCCCCACAUGGCUCCUUCGCAGUCAACAGAUUCAGUACAAAUUACAGUUUGGAAGAUGAAAAGAAAGUUGUUAGAGAAAGGAAAAUCAUUUUGAAUCUUCCUAAAAGAUUGUUUGAAGUGAUGAUCACAAGGAAGUACGAAAAACUUUGUGUUACAAAGGGUUCUGAAGAAUCUAUGUAUGACUCACUUGUGGGGUGUCAACCAGACCAAAUACUUCUUGGACACAGUUUAAGUUGGCAUCGUGAUCGUCCAGCAUGGAGUCGAAAUCCUGCAUCAAAUUCAACGAAUACUUUAGUUGCAAAGUUGUUCAAUUUGCAAACAACAAGUAGUUUUAUUCAGUUGACAACUAUUGAAAAUGACUUUCAAGUCUGA